GCUUACGUCACGGAGCAACAUGGAGGCUGCUACUUCGAGCAUGUCUUCACGUCAAUAACAAACGUUUUCCAUCGGAUAUAACUCAUUUUCAGCACUGAAUGUUGUGUUGUAUUUAUUUCUAAUUGUGGUUUAAAAGAAGAGUUCGGAAUUUACACUCUUAAACAGGUAGCAUGUCAGUACUCGGGGGUUUCCUAAGAGCUGCGACGUCCUGGUGUCGACCUGCAGGAGCUCUGCUCAGCUCAGCCAGAACCUUCUACACUGGCUCAUGCUGCAGCAACAAAGUCCCCUGUGUCCCAGAGCGAAAGGUCGUGGACCGGUGGACGGAGAAGAGGAGCAUGUUUGGUGUAUACGAUAAUAUCGGGAUCCUAGGAGAUUUCAAAGCUCAUCCAAAAGACCUCAUCAUCGGCCCCUCCUGGCUGAGGGGCUUCAAAGGGAACGAGCUGCAGCGAUGUAUGAGAAAGAAGAAGAUGGUGGGAAACAGAAUGAUGACCAAGGACAGACACGACCUGGAGAAGAGGAUCAAGUUCCUGUACAGACGCUAUAAUCGCUACGGCAAAUUCCGAUGAUGUGAAAGGACCGAAGUAGUUGGAGCGGAACCACUGGCGAUGCUGACUCUUUCAACUGCCAGCUGUUUGGAGUGUGUGAUUCUGCCUGGAAGAUAAUGUGAUUUAUAAAGAUAAAAAAUGUUUUGUUUUUCA